AAACACAAAGAUAAACUACAUGAUCGUGACUACAUUAAAACAAGCCGCGAGUUGUACUAGUCACACUCACUACACUGAGUGUAUGAAAAUUCGGUUUCCACCGGGAAGAUGUUGAAGAUUCAGAUUCACUUUCGUUUCUGACUAAUAUGGACGCCCUACUCGAUCGUGCAGCUGAUUUGAUUGCCACUGCCAGCUGCGUCCUCGUCAUCGUCGGAAAGUCACUGGCGAGCGACGAUGAUGGUUUUGAGGACCGGUACCCGGGACUGGCGCGCGACUGGGCAGGCAUCAGCAGCGUGGCGGAGGCAUUUUCAUCUGAAGAGCUGCGACACAGCCCACUGUAUUUGUUUCCGUUUCUCGCUCGGCACACCGUUUGGAUGCGGCAAGAUGGCGAGGACCAGCGGUAUCAGCGGCGCUCAGACAAUGUCUCCCCGACCGGCAGUGUAGCGGCAGCGGCGUCGGCAGUGGCCAAUUUACCUAGUCUGCAGCAAUUGCACUCCGGCUUCUACUACGGCGGAGUCGACUGUAGUACUAUGGAGGAGACACGAAGAACGGGAUCCGCCUCGGGUGAAGUGUUUUAUCCGGACGUUCCGGCUGCAUCGAAAGUUCUGCGGAACCUUGCCAGCGAGAUCGGCUCGCACGCUGCGAAAGCAAACACACAACAAGGUCGCGGCGCGCCAGGAGCUGCAAUAUCUACAAGUGCAUGCGGGCGAACGUACUUGCAUCGCGUUCUGGGACAGAUACUGCAGAAAAAGCGCUUCUUCAUCUGGCACAAUGACCCUUGCGAGCAGUGGUACUUUCGACAAGGCGUGGUGGAAAAUUGUACCGACUUGCUGACGAAUCCGAAUGAGACGCCUCCUGUUGCCUCUCCUGCCGGCGGGUUCGUGCACCAGCCAGCCGAGCAGAUUAUUCACGCUGCGCGCGGUGACGUGGCACGUUUACAAUGCUCGAACUGUGGCCACGUGUGGCCAGCAGAGCCGACGUGGCGAGCUCUAGAAGCACAUAUUGACUGGGAACGCGGAAUUUUGUCGAAAACUACAAGAGCAACCAAGGCCAUGCAGGCAGUCAGCACCGGCUGCGCGUUGCUGGCCGCGGAACUAGAAGAGGGAAAGAGAAACACACAACAUUACAAAGACGUUCAUCUUGCUAAGAAAACAACGGCGAGUACAAAGAACUCGUUUGACGCAAGUCCCUCCAAGAACAGAUUUACCGAUAAUCUCCCAACAUGGAACGAAAGCAAAAACUUCGCCGACCUGUCUCCUCUGAAAUACCCGAAACCCAGUGCCAUGCAGGAAACUAGAAGUCGUGCGGCUGCGGUUGGAGAUGACGCGCCGAAGGUGGUUUACGACCCGGAUUGGCGGUGCGUGUUGCCGGUUUGUCCUGGGUGCCAGACGUCAGGAACCAACGUAGGUCCGAAUGUUGACGUCAGAACCCGCUCGUCCACGAAAGAUGGAUGUAAAAAACAAACGAAAUUCUUUCGGUCUGAAGAAUACGAGGAGGCGGAGGAAAACUACUAUCGCUUUCUUCACCUAGCUAUGACAUGUAAAAAUGUCUGGGUCUGGAAGAUUGCGAGAUUUGUCUUGCAGAUUUUCCAUGACCCACGAGGUCUGGAAUGCGCCGCCGAGCAUGACAGAGUCUGUGAGGUCUCUGCCAUGCCUAUCCCGCAUGAGAGACUACCUCCCAACCUGGUCGAAAUUGGGCAGCUUUUGGCACUCAUGCAACACAGGUUUUUACAUAUAUUCGGAUUUAGCAUGACAAGUUUUAAUCUUCCAGACCUAGACAUUUUUACAUUUGAUACUAGCGCAACACCUUACCCACCAGCGGCGUGGGACUGUGGCAAUUUUGGAACUUGAGGCAGCGAAGUACGACGACGACCAGGAAAAGCAAUACACCAGCCGGGCCCGCGCGCAGACCCUUCGAGCAAUGGAGAUUUGCGGCGGCGCUAGCGGGCGAGCCAACCUGAUCCGCGUAAAUGUGGAUCACUGGAGUGUACCAGAGGGUCACACACCGCUGCGGAUGAACGCGAAAGACGCACUCCCACGCAUUUUGCGCUUCAUGAGGGGCAAAACGGUAUGCGCGGGCGCCGAAUUAUCUGAGGACCAGACAUAAGGUGUACUAAAUCGCGCCCGGAGCGGCAUCCAUGACGACAAACGCCUCAUGUACGCUUUUUCGAAUUUCAAUUUUAGUCCAAGUCGAACGAUAGAAA